CUGCGUAAGCGCGGCGCUGCGUGUGGACAUAGGCACGCAUGCUCUUUGUCGAGGGGGAGUGAGAGGAGAGCAUGAAUGGAGCAAAAUGGCGGAUCAUGUGCAGAGCCUAGCCCAGCUAGAGAUCCUGUGCAAGCAGUUGUAUGAGACGACAGACACCAGCACACGUCUACAGGCUGAGAAAGCUCUGGUGGAGUUCACCAACAGCCCGGACUGCCUCAGCAAGUGCCAGCUGCUGCUGGAGAGAGGAAGUUCCUCUUAUUCCCAGCUGCUGGCAGCCACGUGUCUCUCUAAGCUCGUUUCUCGCACAAGCAACCCUCUGCCCCUGGAGCAGCGCAUUGACAUCCGAAAUUACGUUCUGAACUAUUUGGCAACCCGGCCGAAGCUCGCUGCCUUCGUGACUCAAGCCUUGAUCCAGCUGUACGCCAGAAUCACCAAACUCGGCUGGUUCGACUGCCAGAAAGAGGAUUACGUCUUCAGGAAUGUCAUCGUCGACGUCACCAGAUUCCUGCAGGACAGUGUUGAGCACUGCAUCAUAGGAGUCACCAUUCUGUCCCAGUUAACCAAUGAGAUUAACCAAGUAAGUUCCUCCGCGCUCUUCCACGAUGCAGAUACGACACAUCCGCUUACAAAACACAGGAAGAUUGCAUCAUCCUUCAGAGAUUCCUCUCUGUUUGACAUCUUCACGCUUUCCUGCAAUCUCCUCAAACAGGCGUCAGGCAAGAACCUGAACCUGAAUGAUGAAGGUCAGCACGGUUUGCUGAUGCAGCUGCUGAAGCUCGCCCACAACUGCCUCAACUUCGACUUCAUCGGCACGUCCACAGAUGAGUCCUCAGACGACCUGUGCACCGUCCAGAUCCCCACGAGCUGGAGAUCAGCCUUUCUGGACUCCUCGACACUGCAGCUGUUUUUUGAUUUGUAUCAUUCCAUCCCUCCCUCCCUCUCUCCUUUGGUUCUGUCGUGUUUAGUUCAGAUAGCGUCUGUUCGGAGGUCUCUCUUCAAUAACGCUGAGAGGGCGAAGUUCCUCUCCCACUUAGUGGAUGGAGUUAAGAGAAUAUUGGAGAACCCACAAAGUUUAUCAGAUCCGAACAACUACCAUGAGUUCUGCCGCCUGCUGGCCAGACUAAAGAGUAACUAUCAGCUCGGGGAGUUGGUGAAGGUGGAGAAUUAUCCGGAGGUUAUCCGGCUCAUCGCCAACUUCACCGUCACCAGCUUACAGCACUGGGAGUUCGCCCCUAACAGUGUGCAUUACCUGCUGAGUCUGUGGCAGCGGCUGGCCGCCUCCGUGCCGUACGUUAAAGCGACCGAGCCGCACAUGCUAGAGACCUUCACCCCCGAGGUGACCAAAGCCUACAUCACAUCACGCCUGGAGUCAGUCCAUAUCAUCCUCAGGGAUGGUCUGGAAGACCCUUUGGAUGAUGCUGGUUUGGUGCAGCAGCAGCUGGACCAGCUCUCCACCAUCGGCCGCUGCGAGUACGAGAAGACCUGUGCUCUCCUGGUGCAGCUCUUUGACCAGUCAGCUCAGUCCUACCAGGAGCUGCUGCAGUCCACCAACUCCAGCAGCAUGGACAUUGCCGUGCAGGAGGGUCGGUUGACGUGGCUAGUGUACAUCAUCGGUGCAGUUAUUGGGGGCAGAGUUUCCUUCGCCAGCACAGACGAACAGGACGCCAUGGACGGAGAACUCGUCUGUCGAGUUUUGCAGUUGAUGAAUCUGACGGACUCUCGGCUGGCUCAGGCUGGUAACGAGAAACUGGAGCUGGCCAUGCUCAGCUUCUUCGAACAGUUCCGCAAAAUCUACAUCGGAGACCAGGUGCAGAAAUCCUCAAAGCUGUACCGGCGGCUCUCUGAAGUUCUGGGACUGAACGAUGAGACGAUGGUGCUCAGUGUGUUCAUCGGGAAAAUAAUCACCAACCUGAAGUACUGGGGACAGUGUGAACCCAUCACCUCCAAAACACUACAGCUUCUCAACGACCUGUCUAUUGGCUACAGCAGCGUGAGGAAACUGGUGAAGCUCAGUGCAGUCCAGUUCAUGCUCAACAACCAUACGAGCGAGCACUUUUCCUUCCUGGGUGUGAACAAUCAGUCCAACCUCAGCGACAUGAGGUGUAGAACCACUUUCUACACGGCCCUCGGCAGGCUGCUAAUGGUUGACCUGGGUGAGGACGAGGAUCAGUUUGAGCAGUUCAUGCUUCCGCUCACGGCUGCCUUUGAAGCCGUCGCUCAGAUGUUCAGCACCAACACCUUCAACGAGCAGGAGGCCCAGAGAACGUUGGUGGGUUUGGUGAGAGAUCUGAGGGGAAUUGCCUUCGCCUUCAAUGCCAAGACCAGCUUUAUGAUGCUCUUUGACUGGAUCUACCCCUCCUACAUCCCCAUCCUGCAGAGGGCGAUAGAGUUGUGGUAUCACGUACCUGCCUGCACCACACCUGUGCUCAAACUGAUGGCUGAGCUGGUCCACAACAGGUCGCAGAGAUUACAGUUUGAUGUGUCAUCGCCAAACGGGAUCCUACUCUUCAGAGAGACGAGCAAGAUGAUAACAACAUACGGGAACCGUAUCCUGACUCUGGGCGAGGUGCCGAAGGAUCAGGUGUACGCGCUGAAGCUGAAGGGCAUUUCCAUCUGCUUCUCCAUGCUCAAGGCCGUCCUCAGCGGGAACUACGUCAACUUCGGCGUCUUCCGUCUCUACGGCGACGAUGCGUUGGACAACGCCCUACAGACGUUCAUUAAGCUGCUCCUGUCCAUCCCGCACAGCGACCUGCUGGAUUAUCCGAAGCUCAGCCAGUCGUAUUACUCUCUGCUGGAGGUGCUCACCCAGGACCACAUGAACUUCAUUGCCAGCCUGGAGCCCCAUGUGGUCCUCUACAUCCUGUCUUCUAUUUCUGAGGGGCUCACAGCACUCGAUACGAUGGUGUGUACGGGCUGCUGCUCCAGUCUGGACCACAUAGUGACCUAUUUGUUCAAACAGCUCUCCCGCAGCACUAAGAAAAGAGCAGCCCCCAUGGCCCAGGAGAGCGACCGCUUCUUCCAUAUAAUGCAGCAGCACCCUGAGAUGAUCCAACAGAUGCUGUCCACAGUGCUCAAUAUCAUCAUAUUUGAAGACUGCAGGAAUCAGUGGUCCAUGUCCCGGCCGCUGCUCGGCCUCAUCCUGCUCAAUGAGAAGUAUUUUGCAGAUUUAAGGAACAGCAUUGUGAACAGUCAGCCUCCGGAGAAACAGCAGGCCAUGCACUUAUGUUUUGAAAAUCUAAUGGAGGGCAUAGAGCGGAACUUGCUCACUAAAAACCGAGACAGGUUUACACAGAACCUUUCAGUAUUUAGGAGAGAAGUGAACGACUCCAUGAAGAAUUCCACGUACGGUGUAAACAGCAACGACAUGAUGAGCUGACAUUCCACCACACAGCACCAGGCGUGGCUCGGGCCGCCUCUGUCCACUCCCCCUGCCCCCCCGGCCCGGACGCCAGGGGACCACCGCUACGCAAGCCUGCACAUCCUAAACCCCUAAACACCACCCUCCACAUCCCCCCACCCAACACCUACACUGACCCCCUCCCCCCGUCUCUUCCUUCUCCCUUUUUAUAUAUAUACACAUAUAAAUAUAUACAUAUUUUAAAGCCAGUUUCUAGGGGUCUCCUGGCCGCAGUCUUUCCGGCUUGGACUCGAACGUCUGAGAGAGAGAGAGACAGAGAGAGAGUGAGAGAGAAAGAGAGCGGGGGGUCAGGGGAGUGGUGCGGACUGGGGUGUGUGGGAUGUGUUGGAGUCCAGGAUGGGUGUGGAUUAGAGCAGGGUUUGGGGUUGUGAGAGAGUUUAGAGUCGGGGGUUUUGGGGGCUUUGAAUGAGAGGGUGUGAAUGAGGGUAUGAUGUGGGUGGGUGCCAGCAUGAUUGCGUUGUAUUUCCAGCUGGAUGAGGGAGGUGGAAGGUUGCGUGUGUGUGUGUGUGUGUGUGUGUGUGUGUGUGUGUGUGUGUGUGUAAAAUGGUGCGUGUUUGGGGGUUGGGUUGGGUUGGGGGGUGGAUGAGCUGGAUUAUGUAGUGCUCUGCUUCUGCCUGCCUUGUAUAGAAACACACAACAAGAGAAGUGUACAUUUUUUUCAUAACAUUUUCAACAAUGUUUAUAAUUACAGUUUAAGAAGAAAAAAACACAAAAAAACAAAAACAAGGUGUGAUUGAAAACAAACAAAAAAAUCUUUUUACGAGUCUAGUUAGUGCAGCUGUGCUGAAGUGUGGGUUGUCUGUGUGAGGAGAGUUGUUAUUAUUCAGGCCGGGCGUGUUUUUGGGAGUGAUUGAAGGAUGGAGGGUGGAGGGUCAGAGGAUUUUACAAGAAAUACACGUUGUACAUUUUCCUCAAAACUGAACCCAGUGGGGAGGAUUCUGUAAAUACAUCUAUUUCACCUACGGUAAUGCCUGCUUGUGGCCAGAAGGGGGCGUGUAAUGACCCUAAAAUGACCCUGUGCUGUGGACAUGAGUUAAACUUCAACCUUCCCUGAGGCUGGUUUGUUAUCUUCCUGCUCUUCAUCACUGCUGCCCCAAAUAACAGGCCUCCUAAAGCGAUAGUUGGGCUAAUAAUGAACGUUUCACUGAUAACACCAUAAAUGAAGUCAAUCAGACGAGACGUGUUUGGUAUCUGAAGUUUGCCUCUUUAGUUUUAACGCUGGAGCCACAAGCCUAAUGUAGCUAAUAAACAUAGGUUAGCAUGGUGCCAACUGCUAAAUCAUCACAGGCUUGACACUGUGUGAUGUCACAAAUCCAGAUGAUCAGAGUUGUUGCUACUGCUGUUCUAGCUUUAGAACAUACUUCAGAGAACAGCAUGUCCUGCUGUUCAAAAUUACAUAAUUCAGUCACUGAGAUGUAAACAGAGUGAUUCAGAGUGGUUUGGUGUGAAAUGGUUCAGAUUUCUUUACAGUGGUGGUGAUGAGAACCUGGGGUCGCCAUGACUACAAGACAAAUAUAGACAUUUUAUUUCCUAUCCCAAAGUGAACUAGUGAACCUACAUGUGUCUUCUGAGUUUUAUAUGGAAUGUUGAUGACGGUAAAAUAGUGGAAAAUCUGAAAUAAGUUGUGUUUAGGGACUAUUUUGUCUCACAGCACCCUGCAUGUAUCCCUCCACCAUGACUGGAUUUAUUCAUGUCUUGGACGUCAGGCAGUGUAUUCAUAACCAUUUCAUGUAAUGACUUUCUGUGAGGGAGCUUUUAGAGGUGGACGUCUGGUUCCUAUCGCCACCACUGUGAACAAUUCUCACUCAGAGCAUUCCACACCAAACCACUCCGAAAAACUUUAUUCACAUCUUAACCAUUUAAUUAUGCAGAAAUUUUGAAAAUUCUCCUUUAACAACUCAUCACAGUUUGAGGCCAGCAUGUGAGGGUUUAGGCGUGCAGUUAGCACUAUGCUAAUUAGCUUCCAUUUCUUAGCUAAUUAUCCUUCUAGCUCCUGUGCUAAAACCAAAGAAGCAUCAAACGUCCUGGCUGAUGGACUACGUUUGGUUUUGUGGGGGAAACGCUGUAAAUUUGUAUUACAGAAGACUAUCCCUUUAACACAGGCCAGCCCAACUGAGGUUGAGCAGUUCGGUCAUUGCCGUGUCAGAGAGGGUAACCACUAAAUUGCCAAAUUGUGCAAAACUCCAGCCCUAAAGGACCACAGUUGGAAGUAAAACUGUCCAUCCCAGCAGGGAGAGUUUAUCAGCAUCCUGAGUGUACGAUUUCAUUCUGAAACGUUGAUCUCUACCCUUUAGCCUCUGAAGGUGUCUAUUCGUGGAAUGUGAUUUAGAUAAACUGACUCAUGGUUGUAGUGAAGUUGCUCAACUCAGAGCUUUUCGUCAACUUUGUUUGCCCUGACGUUUUUUAAAUCUUCACAGGCUUCCAGUAAAUCGUGGCUUUGUCGUCGAGCUGGCGUUGUUUGGUAGCGAAGCCUGUAGGAUGUAGCCGUGUACUUUUUACGAAGAACCUGGUACUUCUGUCAUCACAGCAGGAGCCCAUCACCCCUGCCGGUUGCCUCUAGCUUUACCCCCCUCUUAUUCUCCCCCCACCUUUAAAAUCAGUUUAUUUUUUUCCCCCCUCUGAUGAAUUCCAAUUUGUUUGUUUUCUUUUAAAUAACAAGAAAAUAUUGCAUCAGAACUAUGGUAGAUUUAAAAACCAGAAUCAGAAAGGAAUAUUUUAGCAACUUGUGCUACUCUCAACAGAUGUUGCUGCUAACUGUUUGUGAAGAAACUAGCUCAUCUCUUUAACCAUGUCCAAGACUCAUGGAUGUUCAUUUAAGUUCCUUUUCUUUCCUCUUCCUGGUUCCCUGAUGUGAAUGUGUCUGUUUGGCGACUGUGUGUUGAGUCCUUUGAGUGAUAAGGUAGCUGGUUGAAUUGUUUGGAUGUCUGCUACAUAUAGUGUAAGCAUUGUGACUGCAAAAUAAACGUCAUUGGUUUGUAA